AUGGCUCAGGUAUCUGACACCUGGGGCCCAGAGUCACAUGCCAGGAAACUCAACACUCUUGAGCCCCAGCCCCCAACUUCCAGCAGCUACGAGCGAGCAGGGCUUCUGGAGGAGGAAGCGGGAUUCUCUUUACUCAAUCCUUCUCUAUGGGGCCUUUUCUUCCCCAGAUCCUACUCCACCCCAGGACUAUGCCAAGCUGUGGCCAUGCUCCCACCAGCCAGCUACCUGCUGUCCCUCCUGCUGAUGAUAGGCAUGGGAGGUGCCGUGCCCAGCCCCCGGACACUUCCCCAGGGCUGCUACGUGGCAGAGGAAGCUGGUGAGGAGACAUUCCGCUGCAGCCAGGCAGGCCUGAGUGCUGUACCCGUUGGCAUCCCCAAUGACACCCGCAAACUCUACCUGGAUGCCAACCGGCUGGCCUCGGUGCCAGCUGGUGCCUUCCAGCACCUGCCUGUCCUGGAGGAGCUGGAUCUGUCACAUAAUGCCCUUGCCCACCUCUCAAGGGCUGCUUUCCAGGGCCUGGCAGGCACUCUGCGCCACCUUGAUCUCUCUGCCAACCAGCUGGCCUCGGUGCCUGUGGAGGCCUUCAUGGGGCUGCAGAUCCAAGUGAACCUAUCCGCCAACCCUUGGCACUGUGACUGCGCCCUCCAGGAGGUGCUCAGGAGAGUGAGGCUGGCACCAGGCUCUGGGACGGGCAUUGUAUGUGGUGCGGGAGCCCGACCAGAUCUUGUGGGGCAGGAGUUCCUGCCACUGGCAGGGGGGGAAGAGCUGUGUGGGAGAGGACGAGGUGGGGCCCAGCGGAGCACUGAUGUGGCCCUGCUGGUCACCAUGGGAGGCUGGCUGGUGCUCGUGGUGGCCUAUCUUAUUCACUACAUGUGGCAGAACCGAGAUGAGGCCCGGCGCUCCCUCAAGCGGGUUCCAGUGAUGCCCGUGCGCUCCGAGGACUCCUCCACUCUUAGCACAGUUGUCUGA